GCCUGCACUGCUCCAGAGCCCCAGGACUGCAGCUAGCAUCCAGUACCUUCUCUUUACUUAUAAGGAUGAGAAUCUUCUCGUGGGCUCAGUGUAUGGAGGCCAGCCUAAUGCUGCUGGGUGUGCUGACCCUCUCAGUGUCUCUGGGAAACAUCUCUUCUAGAGGACAGGAAGAGGGUGUGGCAUCCAACAGCUUGGAGGAUGAGGCAGAAGUGACAACCUACUGGUGGGGCGAGUGGGCCAAGUGGACAGCCUGCACACGUACUUGUGGAGGAGGGGUGAUGUUCCAGGAGAGGCACUGUCUUAAACAGAGGAAGAAAUCCGUCGCUGGGAAGGAAAACGUGACAUGCAGCGGCACAGCGAAGAAAUACCACCUGUGUAACACUAAGGACUGCCCAUCCACUGGCCGAAGCUUCAGAGAGGAGCAGUGUUGGUCCUUCAACUCGCAGCUUUACAAUGGCAGAAGCUAUCACUGGAAACCUCUCUAUCCUGACGACUAUGUCCAUAUCUCCAGCAACCCCUGUGACCUGCACUGCACUACACCUGACGGCCAGAGACAGCUGAUGGCGCCUGCCCGUGACGGCACGUCGUGCAAGUACAGCAACUACAGAGGUGUCUGCGUCAACGGCAGGUGUGAGCCUAUUGGAUGUGAUGGAGUUCUCUUUUCACCCCACACCCUGGACAAGUGUGGUGUGUGCCAGGGCAACGGCAGCAGCUGCAGCCGAAUUACCGGAAACUUCCGACGGGGUGCCUCCAGUUUGGGUUACUCCUUCAUCACACAAAUCCCCGAAGGCUCUUGGGAUAUCCAAAUCAUAGAGAGAAAGAAGUCCGCUGACGUUUUGGCUGUCACAGACCAGGCUGGGAACUUCUUCUUCAAUGGUGCCUACAAAGUGGACAGUCCACAGAACUUCCAGGCUGCCGGGACAAUCUUCAAGUACCGUCGUCCCAUGGAUGUGUACGAGACAGGGAUCGAGUACAUCGUGGCCAAGGGGCCCAUCAAUCAGCCCAUCAACAUCCUGGUGUGGAAUCAGAAUGGCCGGACCCCCUACAUCACCUAUGAGUACACGGUGCUACGGGAUCCAGUCGCUUCUGUCCCUCUGGUUCAACAACGUUCCGAGACCGUAGAGGACAGGGGGGGUGGAGAUUCCUCCCCAGGGGUGGGGCGACUGGCAGUCAAUGGAGUGGAGCAGAACACGAGUGCAGCCGAGAUGGAACAAACAUCCAACAUAGAAGCAACAAGAGAGCAGAAGGGCCAGGAGACCAACGAGGUGUACAAAGGAAUAAGCACUGUGACCUGUGCGCAGGAUGGCCUGACCUCAUGUCAAUACACAGAAAGGAAUGACUCCAGGUCAGCUGGUGCGACUGGGCCUGUAUUCCCCGCUGACCACGGCCCUUCUGAGGAUGUGCCAGACACCGAUAACCUCAUAUGGACUGUACUGCUGGGCAAAGGCGUUGGCUCAGACGAGAUGUUUGUCAACCUCUCAACCAAUCAACUGUUGUCCCAAGGAGAGGGACUGUACUCUUCAGAGAACGAGCCUUUAGAUCUAGACUAUAUAAGUCUAGCACAUGGAAACGUCAAUGCCAGCGAUGGCACCCUGCAGGAGCUCAGCAUCGGUCGCCGUCGAAACGACACUGGGGAUUUCCUGUUUCACAACCGGACAGCUCUCCCAGGCGUCAAAGGUGGCGCUCGGAUUAACCGUACCAGAAAUCACCAGAAGGCCCCGAACAAGAACCUGAGGCUAAGUGCGGCGGACAUGUACCGCUGGAAGCUGUCCUCGCAGGAGCCCUGCAGCAUGACCUGCUCCAUAGGUGUGGCCAAGUCGUUCGCCAUGUGCGUGCGCUAUGAUGGCGUGGAGGUGGAUGACACUUACUGUGAUGCCCUGACCCGGCCCGAACCAGUUCAUGACUUCUGUAUCGGGAGAGAGUGUCAGCCCAGGUGGGAGGCGAGCAGCUGGAGUGAGUGCUCUCGCACCUGCGGAGAAGGGUUCCAGUUCCGGAUGGUUCGAUGCUGGAAGAUGCUGUCCCCGGGGCUGGACAGCUCUGUGUACAGUGACCUCUGCACCCUCGCAGAGCUGGAGCGCCCCCUCGAACGUCGGCCCUGUAAGAGUCCCACGUGUGGCCCCCAGUGGGAAGUGGCAGAGUGGUCUGAGUGUCCAGCCAAGUGUGGCAGCUCCAGUCAGGUGAUGAGGGAAGUGAGGUGCUCGGAUGAAAAGAAGACAUGUGACAUGUCCAGCCGCCCGCCAUCAUCCAAGAACUGUACGGGUCCACCAUGUGAGCGCCAGUGGAGCGUGUCUGAGUGGGGGCCUUGCUCUGGAUCAUGCGGCCAGGGGACCAUGGUGCGCUACGUAUACUGCAAGACCCCGGAUGGAAGGGUUGUGCCCGAAUCCCAGUGUGACCCAGAGAACAAGCCGCUGUCCAUCCACCCCUGUGGAGAGAGGGAAUGCUCCCAACACUGGCUGGCACAAGACUGGGAGAGGUGCAACACCACGUGCGGCCGCGGUCAGAAGCGCCGGAUCGUUCUCUGUGUGGGAAUCACUGGCGGAAAGUUCCAGACCUACUCGGAUGAUGAAUGUGAGGCUGACAAACGGCCGCCGGAUGAAAGCACCUGCUUCGAGAGGCCUUGCUUUAAGUGGUACACCACACCGUGGUCUGAGUGCACCAAGACCUGUGGAGUGGGCGUGCGCAUGAGAGACGUCAAGUGCUACCAGGGGCGGGAGCUCGUCCGAGGCUGCGACCCCCUGACCAAGCCCGUGGCCAAGCAGACGUGUGCCCUGCAGCCCUGCCCAACGGCACCUCCAGAUGAGAACUGCCAGGACCGGCCCACCACCAACUGCUUCCUGGCUCUGAAGGUCAACCUGUGCAGCCACUGGUACUACAGCAAGGCCUGCUGCCACUCCUGCAGGGUCACUCGCUCCUCCUAGCCCCAGCUGGGUCAUGCUGACCUUCCAAGAUGUGCCCUGGGACGAAGAGCGCCCCCCCCCUCCCCCCCCCAUUCGACGUCGGGGGUGGGGCACAAGCACUGGACUAUGGCAGGUUCUUUCCUCACCCACAAUUUAAUGCCUCAAAUGUGAAAAAUCCAACCCCAAGGCUGCUGUAUCUGCAGUCCUACGGUGCCUCAGAAACAGUCUAUAACCAUCAGUGUUCCUUAACUCUUGGGGUGACCAGUGGAGGAGGCUCCUUUCCCCUCCGAGGUUCAUCUAACUGGGAGUAGGGCAGGUACCCAGUCACGCACCCCUCUCCCUUUGCGUUGCUCCAUCCCGCCAUUCCCAGUAUCUUUCUGCCGCCUCACAUUUCCCAUAGCCGUCCCAGUCAUGACCGCAGUGUCUCCUUGGGGGGGUGCGUGUGCCACUGAGCGGGGAUAGACAUCCAUUGACGUCUUUCUUUAUACGUGAGAGAACACUUCGCCCUACUCCAGUUGAGUAGGGCUCAGACACAAAAGCCAGCAGUGACUUUGAUAUUACAGAUACACAGUUUUGACGACAUUCCACUGCCACGGAAUGACAUGUUAAAUUAUUGCUGAGUGGAAUAUACUGCAUGUCUAUACAUUAUAUUUAUGGUUAGUAUUGUUAUUGAAUGGGGUUUUCCAUGAUGUCGAGGCUAUUGCAUGGCAGAUGUGCAAUAUUGAAAUAAUACCUCUGACUCCAGAAAUAAGAACUUGUACUGUAUGUCCAAACUGAGGUCUGCUCCUGCUUCCCUGCAGCCUGUCCACGUCCUUCCCUGCCUCCCUCCUUUAGCUACAUGCAUAUUAUAUCCAUGUACCCAGGCCGUGUGGCUGCUGGGUGGCAGCGUGCUUCACUGACCUGCUGUUUGGCCGUGAGACUGGAUCUUUGUCUAGCUCUGCGUUGACAGACGGCAAAAAAAAAUAAAUAAAAAAUGCUGGCAAUAGACAGUGGUGUGCAUCAGGGUCUGGCACUUGUGCAGAGGGGGUAUAGAGUAAUUUCAAUAAUAAUAAUUACACAUACCACCCCCCCUUCCAGGAGAAAGCAAUGCCAUUACAUAUCUAUGGCAAUCAUGCACAAAGCCCAGUGGAAUCACUAAUAAUAAUAAUAAUAAUAAAUGGGGAUUAUGUAACAGUGUGGUGCUUUCAGCAUUCUGGUGUGGCAUCCCGACGGAUGGUGACAUCAUCACGAGGCGUCUAACCCGAGCCUUUAACAUCCAGAAGCAUUUGUCACGGAAGCUGUGGCCAGGUUGCAGGAACCUUUACCUCACCCUGUCUUAGAACCCUGUUUUCCAUUGUAAAAUGCUUUCUUCAGACCUUCAACAAGCUAUUUUAUUAUCAAUCAAAAUGCACAAUGUAUACAUUUGUACUUCACUAUAAAUACUGUAAAAUCUCACGUCAUGUAUCUGUCGCUACCAGACGCCUAUAUUUUCACAUGCAUGUUCUUGUUCUCACUUUCAUUUAGUAUUUUGAUUGCAAGUGUUU